UUCUACCAUAUAAACUCUCCCAAGAUUUCAAUAAACAUCCCAAAUCAACUCAAGAAUUCCAGAUCGGCAAUCAAAAUCAUGUCUUUGAAGUCAGCCCUCAUCUUCCGACGAUUUCUGUCAAAUUGUUGCUUGCAUUAUCACCAAAUUCGAUGCUUUUCGGCUUAUCCCAGAUUUGAUUUUAGCCGUAUUGUUGAGCCUGAUGAUGCCAUCGAUGAGUUCCGAAAUAUGUUGAGAAUGCAUCCGCCCCCUUCUGUUAUUGAUUUCACCAAGUUGUUGAGUGUUGUGGUUAAGAUGCAGAAAUACUCACUUGCCCUUCACAUGUUCGACAAAAUGCUUCAGAGGAAUGCUCUUGUAAAUGACUACACCUUCAAUAUUGCGAUCGAUUGCUUCUGCCGACUGGAAAGACCUGAUUUUGGGUUUGCUAUUUUAGGCAGUUUCUUCAAGCGUGGCUACAAGCCUGAUGUGGUAACUUUUACCACUCUCAUCAAAGGGCUUUUAUUGGUCAGAAGGAUCCCAGAGGCAGCAAAACUGUGUUGGAGGUUGUCUGCGGAGCAACUGUGCAAUCCCGAUGAACGUACGUAUAGUGUUAUGAUUAAUGGGUUAUGCAAAGCAGGAGGUAUCCAUGAGGCGCUUGAAUUGCUUAGUCGAUUGGAAAAAGGAAACUGCAAACUUGAUGUUUAUGCUUACAACAUAGUUAUUGAUGGCUUGUGCAAAAAUAGAAAGGUUGACGAUGCUCUCCAACUCUUCUCCACCUUGGGUGAUAAGGGGAUUUCACCCGAUGUUGUGACCUAUAAUUCAAUAAUUGAAGGGUUAUGCAAUCAUAGUAGAGGAAAAGAGGCUGAAGACAUGUUAAGGAAGAUGAUAUCGAUUAAAGUCUUCCCAGAUGUGGUCACUUGUAGUAUUUUUGUGGAUGCUCUUUGCCGAGAGGGAAGGAUGGAAGAGGCUGAGCAUAUGCUGGUCAAGAUGAGGCAAAUUGAUGUUCAGCCCAACAUUGUUACAUACAAUGCGCUGAUUAAUGGAUAUUGUUUACAGGGAGAAAUGGAUAAGGCUAGAAACAUUUUCCAACUAGCGGUGAAAUCCGGCAUCAAGUCUGAUGUUACAAGCUACAGUAGUUUGAUGAACGGCAUAAUGCUGGAGGCUUUAUUUCAUGAUGGUCAAUGUGAAGAGGGCUUAAAGUUGUUCAAAGAGAUGGAAGCUCUACAAGUUUAUCCUAAUACAACAACUUAUGGAAUCUUGUUACAUGGUUUGUGCAAUGCUCAUCGUAUUGAUGAAGCAUUAUCCAUGUUAUAUACCAUGGAGAACAAAGGUUGCUUGCCUAAUGUUGUGAUAUAUACAAUUCUUAUUUCUUCCCUUUGUGAAGAAGGGCGGAUAGGAGAGGCUAAGGAUUUGAUGGUGCAAAUGGUGAUCAAGGGGUGCUUGCCAGAUAGUGUGACUUACAAUAUUUAUGUUCAAGCUCUUCUCAGAAGGAGCAAGAUGGACGAUGUGAUUCUUGUCUUGAAAGAGAUGACUGCAAGAGGGGGAUGCCCACUUGGCGCCACCACUUUUGAGAUGCUGAUUGAACCUCUACGAAGGGAAGGAAAAGAUAGUGUUUUAUUUGAUUUGGUUAAGAAACUGUUACCAAAGAAGUUAUAGGCUAAUCUAGUUGGAUGUUAUGUUGUGGUACUAAUUAGUAUUUUAAUUGAUAGUUUGGAGUGUAAAAGAGUGUAAAAGUUCUUAUUUGGUCGUUAAAAUAUAAGAACACAAGAAACUAAGGAAAAUAAUUCAGGAUCGAGCUUAGCUGUAAGGCACACAUUAAACAGGAUAUUAUUAUGUAAAUACAGAGGCUGCCAACAUUUUGCUGUUACAUUUGUCUGGUUCAGUGAUCUCUGAUGUGAAAAUAUUGGGUCGAAUUGAUGAUUACUAUUGUUAUUA